AGCCCCCAUCCAACCCGAGCGUCUUCUAUCGACUCUGGCACUGAUUGCAGGGCUUGGCACAGAUAGGGAGAGCCUCACUCAGCAACAGUGUCAGAGUGGAUCCAGGCAACAGAAGGACAAAUAAGCAGGGCCUUUCAAGAUCCAUGUUCUGUUUGCGUUUUCCUGCACUGCCAGUAUGGAAUUGAACACCCCCAAUCAAAGUCAUUUGAAACUUAGUAAAAUGGAGAAGAAAUUCCUGAGGAAGCAGGCCAAAGCCAGAAACACUUUGUUGCGACAUGAAGGCAUCGAGAGCGUUUCUCACGUCACCCAGAGCUUGGUUGUUGCCAACGGAGGACUCGGCAAUGGUGUCAGAAGGAACCAACUCCUUAGGAUAUUAGAGAAAUGUGGAUCCGUGGAAGCUCUCUUAAUGCCGCCAAACAAACCCUACUCGUUUGUGACAUAUGGAGCCAGGGAAGAAUCCAAAACAGCCUAUGAUACCCUUAAUGGGCAGGAGAUGGUGGAUGAUUUUGGACAGAACAUCACCCUGUAUUUGAACUAUGUGGAAAAAGUAUAUUGGAAAGAUCAGGGGCCUCCUGCAUUUCCUCCAGGCCUCUUGAUAGUUGAAGAAGUUGUCUCUCCCGAGGAGGAGAAAAUGUUACUGGAAGGGAUUGAUUGGGCUGAAGAUGCAGUCAAUCAAAAUGCUCAGAAAUCCUUAAAGCACCGAAGAGUAAAGCAUUAUGGAUAUGAAUUUCGCUAUGACAAUAACAACAUAGACAAAGAUAAGCCUUUACCUGGAGGUCUUCCUGAAAUGUGUGGCAGUAUUUUGGAGAAGUGUUUGAAACAAGGACACAUUAAGAUUAGCCCCGAUCAGUUGACGGUAAACCAGUACGAACCUGGUCAGGGAAUACCUCCUCAUAUCGACACACAUUCUGCUUUUGAGGAUGAAAUAAUUUCUCUCAGUUUGGGAGCUGAGAUCGUCAUGGAUUUCAAACACCCAGAUGGUCGAACGGUGGCAGCCCUGAUCCCUCGGCGGAGUUUGCUGGUGAUGACUGGAGAAUGUAGAUAUCUUUGGACCCACGGAAUCACACCCAGGAAACUUGAUGUUAUCCAGGCAUCCGAAGGACAGAAAUGUGGAAUUAUCAGCGGCGAUGUUGGAGAUUUAACAUUAAGCAAGAGGGGAGUUCGGACCUCAUUUACUUUUAGGAAAGUGAGGCAAACGCCAUGCGCUUGCGCGUAUCCUUCGGUCUGUGACAGCCAAGGGGAUCAGCCCGAAGAAGCUUCUCCUUCAUUCCCAGAGAAUGACCGAGAUGCAGCAAAACUGGAGGAGGAGUACGUCCACAGGGUGUAUGACAAGAUAGCCGGGCAUUUCAGCAGCACCAGACACACCCCGUGGCCUCGGAUCGUGGCCUUCCUGAAGACGCUGCCCCAGGGUGCCAUAGUGGCAGAUAUAGGAUGUGGGAAUGGAAAAUACCUCGGAGUCAAUAAGGAAUUAUACAUGAUUGGUUGUGAUCGUAGCCAAAACCUUCUAGAGAUCUGUGGAGAGAAACAAUUCCAGGCUUUCGUCUGUGAUGCGUUGGCUGUUCCAAUUAGAAGCGGGGCAUGUGAUGCUUGUAUCUCCAUUGCCGUCAUCCACCAUUUUUCAACAGCGGAGCGGAGACUGGCGACCCUCCGCGAAUUAGCCCGCCUCCUCAGGCCUGAAGGAAAGGCCCUGGUUUACGUCUGGGCAAUGGAGCAAGAAUACAACAAGCAGAAGUCCAAGUAUCUUAGAGGGAACCGAAAUCGCGAGGGGAAGGAAGAACAGAGCAACGGUGAGGCGGAGCUUCUCAGUGAAAAGAUGCCUGAUAGCAGCAGGCCAGAGGCGCUCUGUUCCAUCCCACCUGCUAAUGACUGUAAGGACGAGGCCCGUGAUGCCGACAGAGCAAUUCAUUCCAAGCUGCCAGUUCACACUAACAGAACUUGCUUUCAUUCUCAAGAUUUACUGGUCCCCUGGCAUCUUAAAGGGGACAGCAAGAGCGGCAAAUGCGCCGAGGCGUCGAAGCCCGUCUCGGAUCCCGCCGGCCGUUCCGGUGCCGACCCUGUCUUCCAUCGCUACUAUCACGUGUUCUGUGAGGGGGAGUUGGAAAGGGCCUGCAGGACGUUGAGCAACGUACGUAUCGAGCAAAGCUAUUAUGAUCAGGGAAACUGGUGCGUGAUUUUCACCAAGCUCUGAAUCCCUCAUUUGGGAUCGUGUGGCUUCGGGGAGAGCGGAUUGCCUGGGUUCCCUGGGGGGUAGUCUGAGGGAAAAAUGUAGCCUUGGGAGAGGAGUCUCAAGCAGAGAAUUCUGGAAGGAUGAGGAGGCAGAUGUGGAAACUGAUCCUGAUCUUGAUCCUGUCAUCGGCCAUUGUCUUAAUGUGUCUGGGCCACUGGUUCCUCAUCUAUUUUUUCCUCGUUUGGGGAGGAUGAGUGAGCGCUGUGAGGUUUCCUGGAAUGUUCUAUAUAAUUUAAAGAUACCAGGACUACUCAUGCGGGAUCUAAUUCUUUUACAGUAUUUUAUAAAAAAUGUUUCUAAAAUGUUCAA